AUGUGUGUGUGCUGCGUGUGCGCCUUGCUUUGUGCAGGCAUAAGUGUGAGCGUGCGAGGACGUGCUGUCAACACACUUGCGGGGAAUGCGAAGCCUUCUGGCUCGGCUUGGAAGAGCAGCAGCGCUGCAGAUGCCGUUGGGCUGACAACAGCAGCGGCGACGGCGAGUGGAGGGGGGGGGGGAGCACCCCCUCUCGCGAAUGUUUCUUCGGGAGGCAGCGCUGGAGCGGAGUUUGGCGUCUUGUCGUUGCCAGCGUCGGGAGUUUCCGCCGUUUCCGGCGAGCGAGGAUCCUACGCCUUGCUAGCGAGGCAGCCGCAUGGCAGCGGGGGGAGCCUGCUUUCUGGAGCCAGCGCGAGCGGCGGCGCGGGAGGAGGAGUUGGAGGAAGGGGAGCGUAUUCUUUUUUUGGGAAGGAGGAUGGCGCGGGGGUGUGCAGUGCUUCCUUCCCAGCAGCGCCUCCUCCGACGGCAGGCGUGAGCGGCGGCGACUCCGCAGCGGCGAGUGAAGCGGCGUCUGCGCCGGAGACUGCGACAGGAGCGCCAGCAGGAAAGCAGGCAGGAAGCCAGUCGAAGCAGCGCGGAGGGGGGGGGGGAGUUUCUGCUGCUGCUGCACAGCACAAAGUGGCGGGAGCAGCCGGAGAUUUGUCUUUCAAGGCGUUGCUGUGGCCAAAGGGUAACACUGGUCCUCAACAGCAGCAGCAGCAGCAGCAGCAGAAGCAGCAGCAGGCUGCUGCGGGAGCGGAUUCGACGGCAUGGCCUUCUCCAGACGCUGCAGUCGAAGUGGCAGCAGCAGCAGCUGCUGCUGCUGCUGCUGCUGCGCAAAACAAGGCAGUUGAAGCUGUUCGCGGAGCGGCGAAGGCGGGAGAACCUCCUGCCGCAGCGCGUGGCAUGCUCACAAGCGGUGGCAGCAGCCAUGCGGCGAGGCAGCGGGGUGCAGCAGCAGGAGCAGGAGCAGCAGAUGCAGCAGGAGCAGCAGAUGCAGCAGCAGCAGAUACAGCAGCAGCAGCAGCAGCAGCCGCUGCUGCUGCUGCAAGGCUUCUCGGGGUCGCCUGAAAGCAGCGCGGGAAAUCAUCAGCAUCGCGAGCAGCAGCAUCGAGGGCAGGAAGAGGCAGCCGUCUUAGCGCACAGCAGUCUGCAGCACAGCAGUCUGCAGCAGGAGUGUCGGAGGCUUCUCAGGAGCGAGGAGGGCAGCCGCGAGGAGUCUCCAAGAGCUUGGUCGCUCCGCGAGGAGGCUCUGGAAGGGAGAAGCAGCAGUUCGUGACGGCUUCUGGCAUGCUGCGCGCCGUGCUUGCGGCAGAAGACGCUGCUGCUGGCAAGGGGAAGCUCCCUCCUCGAGCUGCUGCUGCUGCUGCUGCUGCCUCAGUCUCUGCAGAAAUUCAUCACGAGGCGCAGGCGUGGAGUCGCAAAGGACGGGGCGGUAGUGGACGUAGAGGAGGCGACUCUGCAGCAGCUGGAAGUUCAUCUGCAGCGAGUGGCGACGGUGCAGCAUCAGCAGCAGCUGCUGCUGCUGCUGCAACACCAACACCUGCAGCAGCAGAUGAUGACGGCUUCCAGAUUGUUCGCAAUAAGCGGAAGGAGCAGCAGGAAAAGAGACGGGAGAGACUCGAGCAGCAGAAGCAAGAGCGUCGAGAAGCGCGGCGGCGUGAUCAGCAGCAGCAGCAGUUGCAGCAGCAGCAAUUGCAGCAGCAGUUGCAGCAGCAGCAAUUGCAGCAGCAGCAGCAACAAGUGCCGCUGGCGUCAUCCCCGUUGAAAGUGCAAUCUGCUGCUUCGAAGCGCAUGCCUUCACCGGCCCCUGCUCAGCAGCAGCGGGCUUCUCGCUGUGGAGCAGCAACUUCGCGCAGCCAGCUCCUCCCUCCCGCGUAG